ACGGUUUCAGCAAGCUUCUCAAUCGAGCAAUGUUCAUUUCCUCAUUUUUUUUCUUUAAACCAGCACAAAACUUCACCAUUUUUAGCUGAUCAUUAAUACCACAAUCAUUCGUAACUUUUGUAACUUUCGGCAUUUUCGUAACCAUUCUGCCUGAUAGAGAGAAGAAUAAUGCGCGCGUCGCGGCCAUCUUGCCUGCACAUACGAGUAUCGAGUUCGCAAUCGUUCGUCUCAAAGCAUGGAUCCGCACGCUUGAUCAACUCCUGAUUCUCAGAAAUUGUUCUGAAGAAACCGACAAAUCUUCCCUGAGUCAUGCUGGAGGCCUUCAAUUACUUUGCGAUGAAUUCUUUGCCAUACUUUCGUUGUCGGUCAAGAUAAAAUUGGCGUUGUUUGAAUCCACGGCGUCCUCCGGGUGGCAUACAGAGAGCUAAGAGGACAGAUUUCAUAUCAUACCUUCCAGUUCAGCUAAAUACCGAAUGGAAAAAAGAUCUCCCAACUUAACCUUUGUUUUGAAUGGAUUCUGUGCUACUUUUCACUCGGGAGUUUUCAUGGGAAAUUAGCUUUGCCUCUUCGUUUUUCAUUGUAAAUUUAUCGGUCCAUGCAAAAACCGAACAUCUACAUUUCCGGUUGUCUGCAGUACAAGCAUCCCAAUGGACCUUCAAGCUCAUCAGACCAUAAACAUUUUCAAUUUCAAAAUCCACCUUUGUCAGGGCGAUCGCAGUUGUCCUGCCUCCUCUGAAGUGUGAUAAGAGUCAGCGCCAAAUGAGCUUGUACACCUCCAGACUGCAAGUGGAGACCUGCCAUUACGAUCUCAGCAUCUACUUGCAAUGUUAAGCAGGUGCUCCAGUCCCAUCCUUAGUCCUUUAGCAAUGAAGCCAUUCCAAGAUAAGGAGCCCUCUCUCAGCUCUGAAGUGGAGAUAAUAAAUUUUGCACCUUAUUCUAACCCUGUAUCUGUAGACAGCUCCCACGGUUCAGAAACUGAAUCAGCAGAUGAAGAUGAAUGCCUCAAAUUUUUCUCCGAUGAAGAAGACUGCAGUAAAAAGAAAAUUAUAAGUCAGUUCAUUGACGUUGAUGCUACUCCUGUGAGUGUUCAGCAAAGUAGUUUGCACUACGAUAGUGACUCAGAUACAGAUAUUGAAGAAGCCAUUUUAGAUUUCUCAACUUUAGAUCAAAACGUUAUGGACUCCUCUAGUGAUGAAUAUUUUGAUGGGUUUGAAGAUGAUGACCCGUUAAGGCAUGCAGAGGUCUACACGGAAGAAGAAAUGGUAGCCCUAGCUAGAAAUAAGAUGGAUAGACUUAAAACAUUAUUUAUAGAUCAAGUUAAAAGAUUGCAGUACAUACUCCAGAGGAAAAGGCACUCUUAUUUACAGUCAUUGAAAAAAGAAAAAGAAAUAUAUGGAAGCAUUCACUCUCAGAUCCGGAAGUCUCCUGCUGAGGAGAAAUUGUACCAAAAAUUGAAAGCCUUGAAUAGUUAUCACAAGCGCAACGGAGUGGAAGCUGUACUGCGUAAAAAAUCUUUAGAAAAACGUUCAAAGACUGUGAAUGGACGCAAAGGGUGCUCAGGGAACAAAUGUAUUUACACAGAAGAGGAUGUCAGGUGUGGAGCAAAAGUAUUACCCCUCUCUAAGUAUUGUUUGAAGCAUAUUUUGGAGGAUCAAAACCAAGCUCUCUUCCGAGUUUGCAAUUCUCAGUGCGCAGAUUUACCUUGCCGAGAACCAAUCUCCGUAUUUUUAGAGAACUCCUACUGUGUUUUUCAUAACAGGCACAUGCCACCUCUACCUCAUCUAACCCUUAAUGGGGUUGAAAAAAAGGAAUCAUGAACCGGUACAAGGCUACAUCACUGAAGAAGUAUCUUCUAAUUGGAAACAACCAAUUAUAUUGAUUUCCAGCAUUCUUUGAUACACCGGUGAAAAGUUUGUAAUGUAUUCAAAGUUUUAUCCUCUGACAAUCCAUAAGACACCAGGUGAAGAAUUUCUCCUGUCUCUCCUACUGGGUCAUAUUGAGCCAAUUUGAUAAGUAAUUUUUAGGGAACUGAAGUAUUUUGCAACAUCAGUUGUUGCCUUUAAUUGUUCUUUUUUUACCAUUAAGCAGUUGUUUAGUUUUUAGCAGUCGAUAUUUUUUUUUCUUCUAAUAGUUUUUAAAUGUUAUAGUUUUUAAUCGGUCGUUUUUAUUUAUUUCAAGUCAGUCAAUCUUUUCACUGGGCGUAUUUAUUCUGACGGAUUUAUUUCAAUGCCAAGAGCUGCGUGCUUUUAAAUUAUCUUAAAUCAGGCUGUCUACUAGUCCGAAAUUUCUGGAAAGUUUAGAAAUGGUACCGAUUUUUCCAGGGCCAUCCGGAAGUACUGGAAAAGUGCGGAAAUUUCGCAAAAAUGUCAGGAAUUUUUUCUUCCUACCAAGCUUGUUUUUUAUUGAAGCCUGGAAAGUAUGCAACUCCCUGUGCGUUGGUUUUUAGAGAAGUAUUUGUCUGCAGGACUGUGAUUGUGCAGUCAUUUAAUCUUAAAGCCACCAAUAAAAUUUUGUGGCUACAUCAUUUUUGCCAUAAUUUGAGCAAGGAUUUCUAAUUUUCGAAAUUUUUCGAAUUUCUUCCAAUGGAGGUUCUUAAAGAAAUUUUGAAUUUUUUUGUUGAGGAGGUACUGAAUUUCUUGUGAAUGUAAUGGAAAAGUACUGUUAGAUACUGAUUUUUUGGCCGCUUGUUUAAGUAGACACUCUGAAAAUUGGUGAUCAAUUGACAGCUACCAAGGGUGGGUCAUGCAGUGUUCCUUCCUUCUCAGAUGCCUCUCAGAGUGUGGCUAAAAGUUGUAUUGCGCAUAGUUUCUGAACCUCUAUCUUUUUUCUUUUUUUUUUUUGUAAAUUAGCCCCGAACAGCCUAUAAUGAUUGGUGAAAAUAGCAAAAUAUGGGCUCAUUAGUUAAGCAAAAUGUUUGGUCUCACUCCAAUUGAAAUUCAGAUGGGACAUUUACUUUACUCAAGGCUGCAGAAGUGAAAUGAUAUAAUGGCUGAUGGGAAAUUUCCCCGAAAUAUUUCAUGAAAUUCGACGAAGUUGCGUAAUUUGUGAAACAUAUUUUCAGGGGCUGGGUAUGCAACAAGCACUGAGUGUCAAGCAUCUAAAAGCCAAAAUCGUAAUUUUUUGCAUUUCAUUUUGAAAAGUUUUUCUUAAUAUCUUUCAUAAAUGAAAUUCAUGACAUGACCACAGUGCUUCUUCUUUGCAUGAUACCAAGUGUUAAAUUUUUGGAGAAAGCUCUUUUCAGACCCAAUUUUCUUUAGACUGGCAAAUAGAAAGCUCACUCUUAAAAGCACAUCUUACUCAGAAAAUCGCAAGGAACAUCUUGUGAAAAUAUGUAGAAAUUUAGCCAAUGCUGAAUUUCUAGGCAUUCGAUGUGUAGACCCUCUACAUUGUAUUUAACAUGAAAAAUUGCAACCCUGCUCUCUUCUUCAAGAAAUAGGCUAACCCAAAGGUGAAGUGUUUCCUAUUUUUCAGUUAUUUUCAGAAAAGGAUCAUGUUUAAAACAGAACCCAAUUUAGAGGAUGAAAAAAAUACUCUUCUCUCUUUUACAAGUCUGGGUGUCUGCUGUGCAGUGUAUUGACAUUCUCUGCAGGAAGCUUCUACUAUGGAUUAUUUUGUCACUAUGAACAGUUAAUUUCUGUUACUGAAUACAACUUUAUUUUAGGU